GAAAGCUUAUAUUAUGUAGUUUAAAGUCUACUGUGCAUAUAGUCUAUUGUUCUGAGGACGGAAGGACAGCAAUAAUGGGAAUCUUAACUUCACUACUGCUCGGAACAACUAUUAUGCUGAUGGCCCUUUUCUUCGGACUCGUCUUCUACGUAAUAUAUGUUAACCGUUACUUCAAGAAACGAGGAAUCCCCUUCGACAUUCCGCCUCUGUCCUUGACCAGUAUUAUCUCAACAACCCCAAUACAGAAAUCAUUCACCAACAUGUUGGCCGAGCUCUACGCAAAACACAAUGGACACAAAGUAGUCGGUUUCCUUUCCUUGUGGAAGAGAAAAGUCCUUAUAGUCGAUAGAAACGUGAUAAGGGACGUUCUCGUGAAAGAUUUCGAUAGAUUUCAAGACAGAGGUUUGUACUAUAACAAAGAUACCGAUCCACUUGGGGCGCACAUUUUUGCGCUCAGAGGACAGGAAUGGAAGACUCGCAGAGCAAAACUGAGUCCUACGUUUUCUUCAGGUAAGAUGAAAGGGAUAUUCAGUAUCAUGAAGGAAUGUGGCACCGUAUUGACCAACGUUGCUGAACAACUUUCGUUCGAAAAUAAGCCAGUGAAUUUCCAAGAGUUAUUCUUCAGAUAUGGACUGGCUGUUAUUUCGAACACUUCUUUUGGAUUUGACAGCGACGCUUUGACAAAUAAGAAUUCUAAGAUUUUUAUUAUGAUCAACAAGCUUUUCGCACCAAAGAUAGUCAGAAUACUCAGGACACUAAUCAGGUUCAACAAUGACGUAGCUGGACUGUUUAAGAUGAGUUUUACUCCGCCAGAUGUCUCUGAGUUUUUUAUUUCUCUUGUGAUGAAUGCGAUCAAGUGUAGAGAGACCAGCGGUGUCUACAGGAACGACUACUUGCAGCUUAUGAUUCAACUGAAGCAUUCUGGAUUUUUGGGCGCAAAUGGUGCAAAGAUGAAUUUAACAAACAUGGAAGUGGCUGCUGAGGCGUACGUGUCCUUUGUGGCCGGAUCUGAGACAACGUCCCGGACCAUGAGCUUCUGUCUGUACGAGCUGGCGAUGAACCCAGCAGUACAAGCGAGGCUUCUAGAGGAGGUCGACUCUCUCCGGGAGAUAUCGUAUGAGAGCAUCAUGAACAUGGAAUAUCUCGACAUGGUUGUGGACGAAACGCUUAGAAAGUACACUCCUUUGGGUUUCUUAAACCGCGAGUGUACCCAGGAUUAUCAAAUCGCUGGCACAGAGAUUUUACUGGAGAAAGGUACUCACAUGAUGGUAUCAGUUCGAGGGCUCCACUAUGACCCAGACCUGUUCCCAGAUCCGGAACGCUUCAUUCCUGAACGAUUCAGCAAGAAGAACAAGGGCAACAUCAAACCUUAUUCUUACAUGCCGUUUGGCAUAGGCCCCAGAUUCUGUAUAGGUCAAAGAUUUGGCAAACUUUCGGUGAAGACUGGAAUUGUAAUGGUGCUUCGUAAGUUCCAAGUUCACCGUUCUUCUUUCACUCCAGAAAAGAUUGAAUUCCACCCAAGUACUAUCAUCACCACUGCCUGUGGAGGGAUUUGGCUUCACCUCACAGAUAGGUGUGCCUCGAAAACUGUGGACACAGAUGAUAAUCUUGGACAACUUUAAAUGGUUGGACAUUGGAUUUAAGUUGGAUUCAAGUACCACUAACGAAGACUAAUAUGACUAAUACCAGAUGGUUAAUACAGUAUUUUAGUUUAGUCUAAUACGAGAAUUUUUAGUACAUUGUGAGAUAGUUUAAAAUACAAAAUCUAUUAGAA